UGUUAGAGAGCCGAAGACUGAAGACACUGCGUAUCGCCUGUGUUCUCUCACAUACAGCCAUUGCAGAGCAUUGAGAUCCAGCGAUAGUCCCUAGAUACUGCCGCCAAGAUGGGGAAAGAACAUGGGAAGCCGAGGGGCAAGAUGUCCUCCUAUGCGUAUUUUGUCCAGACCUGCCGGGAGGAGCACAAGAAGAAACACCCCGAAGCUUCGGUCAACUUUGCAGAGUUCUCCAAGAAGUGCUCUGAGCGAUGGAAGACAAUGUCUGCCAAGGAGAAAGGAAAAUUCGAAGAACUGGCCAGGCAGGACAAGGCACGCUACGAGAGGGAGAUGAUGAGCUAUGUCCCACCCAAGGGAGGAAAGAAGAAGAAGUACAAGGACCCUAAUGCCCCCAAGAGACCCCCAUCCGCCUUCUUCAUCUUUUGCUCAGAGUAUCGCCCUAAGGUGAAAGGUGAGACCCCUGGUCUGUCCAUUGGAGAUGUUGCCAGGAGGCUGGGUGAGAUGUGGAACGGUACUGCAUCAGAGGACAAGCAGCCCUUUGAGAGGAAGGCAGCCAAACUGAAGGAGAAAUAUGAAAGGGAAGUCGCAGCAUAUCGUGCAAAGAGCAAAGCUGGUGGCGGAGGUGGUGGCGGGGCAGCGGCGGCAGCAGGAAAAGCCCCAGCCAAGGCAGAGAAGAAGGAUGACGACGAUGAUGAUGAGGACGAUGACGACGACGACGACGAGGAAGACUAUGAUGAUGAUGACGAGUAAACGGCGGGUGACAUAUGUAGUGGUCAUUUUCUUGUUUAUAAAGCAUUUAACCCCCUUGUACACACUUCACUUACCGAAAGAAAAUACAUUAGUAUCCAAGGGGUAGGAAAAAAAACAACAAAAAAGGCUGUGUAUAUCAGUUGUUUUUAUGCUGUACAGUUUUUUUCUCCUUUUGUAUAGUUGACACUACACAAGUAUCGUGUCUGUAUCUUUCUGCCAGUCUUAUUUUUUCGGUGAUAGUUCCUAGACCACUAUCCUGCCUGGUACAGUGUAAAAGGGUGGGCUUACAGUAUUUACCCUAGCUAGAGGUGCACAGCACAUAAAAAUGUCCUGAGUUAGAUCUGAGUGUUUCUUCUCUUUUUUUUUUUCUUUUUUCCUGUGUGUUUUUAUUUUAAAUGACAUGUUAUCGAAAUUGACGUAUCACAGUUGUUUUACUGAUCUUUAUGUACCACUGUAAUAGCAAGAAUAAGAGAAAAAAACGCCUUGUUUAUUGUUGAGAUUUAAAUUGCUUCUGAUGUCAAUAAACAUUUUUUUUAAUAA